UCGAUUAGAUAACAAUGUUUGUUCGCUCAUAUCAAGCGGGGGAGAGACUUAAAACUAAACUCAGAACAGGUACCAAAUCAGUAUAAAAAAGAUAAAGUUAAAAACUCGAAUUUAGGUGUGGUGUGAUUUUGUUAAUCGAAAAUAACGCAAAAAAGAAGUCAACAUGUUGUUUCAUUUAUCGGUUAUCGCAACAUUUUUAAUUUUAUUCGAGCCAAAUCCAACGGUUUCCGAAGACGCCCAAGAAUUUCUAAAUUCCGAUCACCUUUGCAGCUUUUGCAAAUGUUCGACAUCAACAACAACUUUAACCAUAAACUGUAGCAACAAAAGCUUAGAAAAAACGAUAGCAAAUUGGCCGGAAACCAACGCAACGGAAAUCGUCGCAACUUUUAGUUAUAACAACAUGAAAAGUGUUAAACAAUUUCCGGGAUCGAAUGCAACGAUUAAAUUGGUUCUAUCUCAUUGUAACAUAGAAGAUAUGGAACCGGGGUUAUUUGGGAGUUCAAUAAACAUUUAUUACUUGGAUUUGAGUUAUAACAAGAUAAGAAGUGACGUUUUAAACGCGAACGUUUUUAAAGGGCCGUAUAAUAACACGAAUUUCGAACCGAUUUCUUUGGAAUACCUUAAUUUGGGUUUUAACGAAAUCCAUUCGUUGCAUAGAAACAUUUUCGAACACAUGCCCAAUUUGAAGUCGUUAAAUUUAGAGGGAAACAAUUUUAGGGUUAUUGACGAUCAAACGGCUUUAGCUUUCGCGAACAUACCAAAACUGGCCGUGUUAAAUUUAGCUUUUAAUCGUUUAACGGACGUUUCCACAAACGUAUUGACGAAUUUCCCCGAAUUAAUCGACUUGAAUUUAUCAAACAACGAUUUGGAUUUUAUGCCGUUAAGUUUGUCGUUGUUAAAAAAAUUGGAAGUUUUAAUUUUGGAUAAUAAUCCGAUUCGAUUUCUCGAUGAACCGUCGUUUUUGGGUUUGGACGAUUUGUUGGAAGUUUCAGCGAAAAAUUUAACCGAACUCACCCACAUCAAAACCAACACUUUCGCGCCGUGUAAAAAGUUGCAAAAAUUAGAUUUAUCUCAUAACGUUAAGUUGGAAACGAUCGAGGCGCAGGCGUUUUUAAAAAGCGAAAAACUCAAAGAAUUGCAUUUAACGAACACGAAAAUUAACACUUUAACUGUUGAUAUUUUGAAUUGGGAGGAGUUAAAUGUGCUUGAAUUGUCGCAUAAUCAACUUUAUUGCGAUUGUAAUUUGUAUAAUAUUUCGUUGUUGAUAUCUCAAGAUGUUAAGAGAAACAAAAAUGGGCCUUAUUGCAGGGAUAUUCGGGGGAUGAGGAGUUUGGAGGUUUAUAAUUUAACAGAUGAAGUAUGCAAAAAUAAGCCUUUUAACCCCCAAUAUUUAGUUAGCGUCCAUAAAACUUCGCCGUAUUUAAGAUUAUCUUUAGUUUUAUUAACCGUCGUUAUCAUCGUGUCAUCGUUCAUCGCGGUUAUUUUAUGCUACACAAAAUGGAAGAGUUGGCAAAGGAAUCAAAGUUAUCCCUUUGCUAGGCAAGUCAUUUACAACCCCAUUACAACAAAUGUGCACCUUUAAUAUUUUUGGGUUAUUGUAUUCCGUUGAUUUCUAGUCGAAAAUUUUCAAAAUAA